AAAAUGUUACGAUGGGGUACCAUUCAGCAGAUCCGUCGAAUUGGAUCAGCACUUCAGUGGCCGUUGAAGGACAUCCGGAUCAGUGAAAAUACAAAAAUGCUGGAGAAACAUUGGUCAAAAUCACUUGUCGAUUCUUUUGAAUCUUCAAAAAAUAAACCCAGCAAUCUCAAUGGAAAGAAAUAUAUUCUAUCAAUGUUUCCAUAUCCAUCAGGACGACUUCAUAUUGGCCAUAUGAGAGUUUAUACAAUCUCAGAUGCAACUGCUCGGUAUUAUCGUUUAAAUGGAUAUGAAGUGAUACAUCCGAUCGGAUGGGACUCUUUUGGAUUACCAGCAGAGAAUGCAGCAAGAGACAAAGGAGUUGAUCCAAGAGAAUGGACUAUUAAUAAUAUUGAAUCAAUGAAACAACAACUCUUAAAAACCAAGAUUUUAUUUGAUUGGGAGAAAGAAAUUUCAACGUGUGAACCUGAAUUUUUCCGUUGGACACAAUGGAUUUUUUGUAAACUUUUUGAGUACGGACUGGUGAAACGAACAUCUUCGGAAGUUAAUUGGGAUCCAAUCGAUAAAACUGUUCUGGCUGCUGAACAAAUAGAUAACGAUGGAAAAAGUUGGAGAAGUGGAGCGAAAGCUGAAAAGAAGAAGCUUAGCCAAUGGAUGAUUGAAACGCCAAAAUAUGCAAAAAGACUACAAGAAGGUUUAAGAAAAAUGUCUGAACAAUGGGGAGAAGUUGCUGAUAUUCAAGCUAAUUGGAUCGGAAAAUGUGAUGUUUAUCGGUUUAUGUUGCCUGUUAUGAAGGAUGGAUCAAACGAUGAAAUUAUUGAUUUGAGAAUCAAAGAUAUCUUUGAAAUUUCAAAUGCCGAAUUUUUGGUUUUGAAGCAAAGUCACUCGUUGGCAGACAAGGAUGCCACGCAGUUUCCAUACAAACUUCCGUUUCAAGUUUUGAACGGAGUAACAGGCCGUCAAAUACCAGUCAUUGUAGUGGAAGACACAUAUCAACCAGAUGUCACAAGCUUCUUGAACUCGAGAAUUGGAAACUUUCAGAAAGACAAAAUUCUUGUCGAAAAGUUUGCGAUAGCUGAGCCGAAACACAAAAGAAAGUUGACGAAGAAUGAUAUUCAGGAGAUGGCAUCGUUUGGUGGAUACGGUGGCUAUGAAACAUCCCGAACGUUAACAGAUUGGGUUGUGAGUCGUCAACGUGGAUGGGGAACUCCAAUUCCAAUGAUCCAAACCAAAGACGGAAAACGAGUUGCUGUUCAAUUAAAUAAACUUCCAGUCCUUGGGUCAGAUCGCGGGCAAGAAGUAGAUAAAGAAAGAUUCGGAGAAUCCGGAGUAUUCGACACAGAUACUCUUGAUACAUUCUUUGAUUCUGCAUGGUACUAUCUUCGAUACCUUGACAACAAAAAUAAAAGCGAAUUGAUUUCCAAAGGAGCAAUGAAGAAUAUGCCUGUUGAUGUCUAUGUUGGAGGAAUUGAACACGCAGCGGUGCACAUGUUUUUUGCUAGAUUUGUUGCAUAUUUCUUGAAGGAUAUCAAUGUUAUCCAGACAGCUGAACCAUUCACUGACCUCAUCCCACAAGGAAUUGUUCGGGGAAAGACGUUCAUCGAAAAAGAAACAGGAAAAUAUCUUGGAUCAGAAGAUGUUCAACAAUCUGGAGAUAAACUCACAUUGAAGAAUGAUUCAUCUGUUGAAGUUGACGCUGUCUAUGAAAAGAUGAGCAAAUCGAAAAACAACGGCGUAGAUUUGGCUGCAAUUUUGGAUUCGGAAGGAGUUGAUAUGACAAGACUUAGAUUACUUGAAGCUGCAGCUCCGAGAGCUCCCAUUAAUUGGGGCGAAACAGAUUUAAAGGGAAUCAAGAAACUUUUGGAUCGAAUUGCGGCAAUCAAUUCGCAAAUUGUUGAUGCACGAGAUAAUGGAAAACCAAUAGAGUUGAAGAAAGAAAUUGAUGGAAGUAUAAAAGAAACAUAUAACUUUUUCGUAAGAAAUGUUGGAAUGUGUCUAGAAGUACUUCAUCUUCAUAAUACUGCGUUGAUGAGAAUACAGGGAUUCACUAAUGCAUUAAAGAAAGUUGAUCCAAUCUACCUGGCUCACAGCCCAGAAGGCCAACGAGCGGUGAAAUCGUUGAUUAUUAUGCUUCAAGUUUUUUGUCCACACGUCGCUUCCGAAAUGUGGUCAGCAUUAGCUAAUGAUGGUUCACUGGUUUCCGAUCAAAAGUGGCCCGAAGUUGAUAAAGAUGCUGAUAUUGAAUUUCUUCUGAUGAUUGAUGGUGUUAGUGGUGGUAGGCCUUCUCUUGAUCGGCGGAUUAUUGAAGAAAUGUCUAUGGAUCAGUUAUGGGAACGAGCUACAUUUUAUGAACACGCAGAUAUUCUUCGAAUGAUGAAAGAAGAUGGAAUGAAGCUGAAAAAUUCAAGUUAUAUUUCUAGGAAAGGUUUCCACGUAACUCUAUCGUGUAGCUUGGAAGGUGACAAAGAAGAGAACCGCAAGAAAAUUGGCAAAAUUCUGGACAGAAUUCAAGCAGAGAAGAGAAAGUUGGAAAUCGGGAAGAAAGGUGGAAAGAGGAAGAAAGAAAAGAAGAUUGUGAAUAAGUGACUUAUUUUACUGGAGAACAUUAGUUUAAUUUUUAACAGUUUUGAAAUAUAUAUUAGCUUAGAAAUAGGUUGUUGUUUUAUUGUUUUCUGAAUAAUUUUUAUAUUUACGGGCUUGUUUAUUGUUUUUCAUGAAAAUAAAUUUGUUGAGUGAC